GGAGAGGAGCUGCUGAGACACUUUAUUUCUUUUUUUCUUCUUCACUUGUUUCUCCAUCAGUGAUGUCACUCUGAGCCUGACUUUUAUUAUUUAGCUCCAUUAUUAUUGUUGUUGUUGUUGUUGUUAUUUGUUGUGGGUGACUCGGACCUGUUGAGGCGGACAUGCCGGUGCAGAUCCCGGACGACUCGGACUUCUCGUCCUUCAGGGACCAGUGUCUGAGCGGGGACGGCUGGACGAGCCGCUACAGUAAAGGAGGCGUGACGGUGUGGUGCCGCGACGAGGAGAGCCGCAGCGUGCAGAAGCUCAAGAUGAGGAUAGUGUGUAAGGACGUGAGGGCGGAGACGCUGUACGACGUCCUCCAUGACACCAGCUACCGGAAGAAGUGGGACACCAACAUGAUCGACACGUACGACAUCGGCAGGCUGACGGCCAACGCAGACGUCGGAUAUUACUCCUGGAAGUGUCCGACUCCUCUGAAGAACAGAGACUUCGUCACCAUGAGGUCUUGGCUUCCUCUGGGCAACGACUACCUGAUCAUCAACUACUCCGUCAAACACCCGCAACACCCUCCUAAGAAGGACUACGUCCGGGCUGUGUCCCUGCUGACCGGAUACAUGAUCCAGUCCACCGGAGCCUCCAGCUCCACCCUCUACUACCUGACCCAGAUGGACCCCAAAGGUUCGUUACCUAAGUGGGUGGUGAACAGAGUCUCUCAGUACGUCGCUCCCAAGGCGAUGAGGAAGAUCUACAAGGCGUCCCUGAAGUACCCUGAGUGGAAGCGCCGCCACGGUCCUGAGGUGAAGCCGUGGAUGUUCCCGGAGCAGAACACGCUGCCGUGCAUCAGCGCCGCCGAGCUCACGCUGCAGCACGCCGACUCGCUGGAGAACAUCGACGAGAGCGGCGUCAGCGAGGAGAAGACGGCCCACAGCGAGGACGAGGAGACCUGA